AUGUCUGUCAAGCUUCAGCCAGCAGGCGUUUCCAAAUGCCCAGUGUUCCCGACUGACGUAGUCCUCGCCUUGGACACGUCAGAUGACGUCUCCCAGUUGGAUUGUGAGAGGAUGAGAGACAUUUUACUGUCUCUGCUGAUGAAGAUGGGAAUCAGUGGGAGUAACUGCCCCAUGGGAGCCCAGCUGGCCGUUGUCUCCUAUGGCAACGGAACCGAUUACCUGGUUCGCCUCUCUGACCGCAAAGGGAGGCCCGCACUCCUGCAGGCGGUCAGGGGGCUCUCGCCGGCAGGCUCAUCUGGCAGCAGGCACCUUGGGGACGCCGUGAGGUUUGCGGUUAGACACGUAUUCAAGCGCCUGCGUGCAGGCCCCCUCCUGGGGAAGGUGGCCGUGUUCUUCCAGGUGGGCUGGACCCGGGAUGCAGGUUCUAUCAGCACCGCCACGCUGGAGCUCAGCAUGUUGGACAUCACUGCUGUGGUCGUCACUUUCACAGAGGACCACAGCCUCCUGGAUGCCCUGCUGAUGAAUAGAAACAACAGAUUUCAUCUGUAUGUCUGGGAGAUGGAGAGCCAGCAGCGUGCAGAAGGCAUGGCCCGCUGCACACUCUGCUGUGAUCAGUGCCUUCCGGCCCCGGAGUGCAGGUGGGGCACACCCAGGCCCCUGCAGGUGGACGUGGACAUCGCCUUUGUGGUGGAUGGCUCUCAUGGUGGGGGCGCUGAUCUCUACCGCGCAGCCUUGACCCUGGUGGACGCCGUGCUCGAAGAGGUGGAGGUGGCUAGGCAGCCAAGUGCGUCCCCCCCCCCCCGCGGAGCCCGCGUGGCCCUGGUGACACACACGACCCCUGGCUUCUGGCCUGGAGGGGGGCGGUCCCCCGUGCUCGAGGGCUUCCACCUGACCGCGUAUGGCCACCGGACGCAGACGCAGAGGAGCGUCUGCGAGGCCGUGGGCCACCCCCUGCGGGGAGCGCCCGCCCUGGGCCAUGCCCUGGAGUGGACGCUGGAGAAGGUGCUCCCGGCUGUCCCGCUGCUCCGGAGGGCUCAGGUCCUCUUUGCCAUCGUGGCCAGCGAGACCAGCAGCUGGGACAGGGAGAAGUUAAGGACUCUGUCCCUGGAGGCCAAGUGCAAGGGCAUCACUCUGUUUGUGCUGGCCUUGGGCCCAGGCGUGGGGACCCACGAGCUGGCAGAGCUGGUCCACGUGGCCAGCUCCCCCUGGGAGCAGCACCUGCUGCACCUAGAAGGGGUCUCGGAGGCGGAGGUGACUUAUGCCCUGGGCUUCACGCGGGCCUUCCUGAACCCCUUAAAAAGCGGCACUAAUCAGUACCCACCUCCAGACCUCAUUGAGCAGUGUGGGGACCCAAGCCGAGGGGACACCCCGCUACAACCCACCUUGCCUGUCAGGAGGUUGCCCAAGCACCAGUGUGGCAAAUCUGCCCUUACUGAUGAUUUGAAAGCCCUCGAAGCAAAAGGCUCUUUUCGAGAGGAGGAUAGAGAAGCCGCAAUGACGUCUAUCACUCAGCAAGAAGCCCUUGAGAACUAUGAAAAGAGUGGCUACGAUGCUGAAGAAAAUCAUCAAAAAGAUCCAGCAAAACUGAAAAAAACUGGAAAAGAAAGAAGUCCAGGCAAUGUCUAUGAUCCUUGUUCCCUGGCUCCAGUGAAAGGAGAGUGCCAGGAUUAUGUCCUGA